AUGCGUGCACAGAUUUUGGCGUUGACCACGCAACUCGCCGAGCUCCAGGCCAACCCCCCUGUAGCAGCACCCUCAGAGAAAGCGCAAUUUGCCGAAUGUUGGAUCAAACUACAAAUUUGGGUCAAGGCAAAUUGGGAUGCAUUUGCUGACGACUUUGAGGAGUGCUACACCGCGGGUGUGUGGCUUACCUGGGACAAUCUCAAGGUAGAGAUUGAAAAAUAUUUCAAACCACAGGCUGAGCGUGACUGGGCUCGCCAACAAAUCUGUUCCUUCAAACAAGGAAACAUGAGGAUGGAUGAUUACGUAACCUGGUUCCUGGCCCUCUCCAUCCAAGGAGGGCUUGGCAAUGAAUAUGCAGUAGAACUGCUGAAACACAAUGUGAACCCCUGCAUUGCAGAACAGAUCUAUCUGCAGGAUACACGAAACAAGGACUUGGCUCUAGCGGCUGAGGAAGUACAACGAGUUGGUAGAGCCAUGGAGCUCUAUGCUAUGCAACAACGUGGUGGGUCCACCACUAAAAACAACUUUUCCCAGAGGCACCCUGGGUCAUCAAACCAAACUCAAAAUCACUCUCACGGGUUCAAGCCGUUCGGGCUGCAGCCAGGGCAGGGUGCACCUAUGGAUAUCUGCGCGGUCCAAGGUGGACAAAUGCGCAGAUUCAAGGGCAACUGCUACAACUGGCACCAGGCGCGCCACUUAGAAGCAGAAAAAAUGGACGAUUGGCUCAAUACUCUGGCCGUUCGUUCAUACGUUGAGAUCCAGGCUUUCUUUUACAACCAGCAGGUCGCUGAAAUGAAAGCUCAGGGAAAAGAGUUCAGAGCUUAG